AUAAAUAGAGGUUCUGUGACAGAAGAAACUACUAUUCCCUACUACCUUCAGGCGUCUUUGAAUUGGUCUUUGAAUUGGUGUCGUAAUGUAUUCAGGGAUAUGUAGUUCUGUAAUAUGUAAUUUUCCCAAGCACUGAAGGCGCACCUUGUUUUUUGAAACUACAAUCCCCAUAUUUCCAAGGCCGGUGGACGGUCUGCUACUUUCCUAAACAGGCAGUGAAAAAGUCGACGCGGAAAAAAAGGACCGCUUCCGUGUUUUUGGGACCUGUAAUAGUAAGAACUGCGUAAGAUAAAACAAUAUUGAUAAAUCCCUAGUUAGACGUUUAGAAUGAUUUUUUAAACACAGGGUGUAACUGUUGUUUAUUAGAAAAAAUGUCGCUCCAACAAGGAUCGAAAAAAAGGGACAAGCGUAUUUUGUCUGGUACCUGCCCGGAUCCAAAGUGCCAGGCGAGGCUGUUUUACCCUGCUUAUGGCUCUGUUAGUAUUGAAUGUACCGAGUGCGGACAGCGCCAUGAACAGAAGAACCUCCAAAAUGUGGAAGAAGUCACUGACCCGGAGGUGGUGCUUCACAAUCUGCUCAGAAAUGCUCUACUUGGGGUGACGGGUGCCCCCAAAAAAGGGACCGAGUUGGUGAAAGUGAUGGGGCUGUCCAACUACCACUGUAAGCUGUUGUCUCCAAUUCUCACCAGGUAUGGAAUGGAUAAACAAACGGGGAAAGCCAAGCUAUUAAGGGAAAUGAACCAGGGAGAAAUGUUUGACUGUUUUCUUUUAGGGGAUAGGGCAUUUUUAAUUGAACAGGAGCAUGUGAGUACUGUUGGCUAUGGCAAAGAUCGUUCAGGGAGCCUUAUUUACUUGCACGAUACUCUGGAGGAGAUGAAGAAAGCCAAUGGGAAUCAAGAGUGCCUGAUCCCUGUGCAUGUUGAUGGAGAUGGUCACUGCUUGGUCCAUGCCGUGUCCAGGGCACUAGUGGGUAGAGAGCUCUUCUGGCAUGCUUUACGGGAGAACUUGAAACUUAAUUUCAAGGAAAACUUAGAUCGCUAUAAGGCACUUUUUCAAGACUUUAUUGAUGCAGCUGAAUGGGAGGACAUUAUCAAUGAGUGUGACCCCUUGUUUGUCCCACCUGAGGGGGUACCACUGGGACUGCGGAAUAUUCAUAUUUUUGGACUGGCAAAUGUGCUGCACCGUCCUAUCAUCCUGUUGGACUCUCUGAGUGGAAUGAGAAGCUCUGGUGAUUACUCUGCCACUUUUCUACCAGGACUGGUGCCUGAAGAAAAGUGCAUGGGAAAGGACGGGCAGUUUAACAAGCCAAUCUGUAUCGCCUGGAGCAGCUCAGGUCGCAACCAUUACAUUCCUCUUGUUGGAAUUAAAAAUGCUUCUUUACCUAAACUGCCUGCAAGGCUGCUCCCCAAAGCCUGGGGAGUCCCACAAGAACUUAUUAAGAAGUACAUACAAUUAGAGCCAGAUGGGAGCUGUAUAAUUGGAGGGGACAGAAGCCUGCAGGAUAAAUAUCUGAUGAGACUGGUUCAUGCAAUGGAAGAGGUCUUCAUGGACAAGCAUGCCAUCCACCCUUCACUGGUGGCAGAUGUACAUCAGUAUGUGUACAGGAGGACUGGUGUAAUAGGAGUCCAGCCUGAAGAAGUUACUGAGGCUGCCAGAAAAGCAGUGAUAGAAAACCGCCUUCACCGGUGCUUGAUCUGUAAUGCACUUUCAGAGCUUCAUGUGCCUCCAGAGUGGCUAGCCCCAGGCGGAAAGCUAUAUAACCUGGCCAAAACCACACAUGGGCAACUCAGGGCUGACAAAAACUACAGCUUUCCUCUGAACAACCUGGUGUGCUCUUAUGACCCUGUAAAUGAUGUCCUUAUGCCUGACUACAAGUCAACCCAUUUGAAUUCCUGCAAUUAUUGCCACGGCACCUCUGUGCGCCACAUCCGGGGGGAUGGCUCUGUUGUUUACUUGGAUGGAGACAGAACUAAUACUAGGUCCCAUGGAGGCAAGUGUGGCUGCGGGUUCAAGCAUUUCUGGGAAGGGAAGGAAUAUGAUAACCUGCCUGAGGCCUUUCCUAUCACCUUGGAGUGGAGUGGACGAAUAGUGAGGGAAACUGUGUACUGGUUCCAAUAUGAAAUUGAGCCAUCAUUGAACAGCAAUGUUUACGAUGUUGCAAUGAAGCUAGUCACCAAGCAUUUCCCUGGAGAGUUUGGGAGCGAGAUCCUAGUCCAGAAGGUGGUGAACACCAUUUUAAAUCACACGGCCAAAAAGAACCCAGAUGAAUACACCCCUGUUUCCAUUGACGGGGCACAUGCUCAGAGGCUUGAGGAUGUGCAGGAGGGGCAAGUAGCUGUGGAUGUGCAGCCACCAACAAAAAUAAUCUUAACUGGGCAGAAAGCAAAGACGCUGCACAAGGAGGAGCUUAACAUGAGCAAGACAGAGCGCAGCAUACAGCAGAGCAUCACAGAGCAUGCCUCUGUAACACAGAAAAAAAGAACUGACAAGUUGAAACAAGUGCAAAGGGCAGCCUCCCCUGGACCAGCCCGAGAUGGACCCUCUGCACCAGUCACCCCUACCAAAGCCCCCUACUCCCCCAAAUGCAGCAAGGAAAAGAAGAUUCGUGUAACCACCACCGACGGGCGGCAGGCCAUGCUGACGCUCCAGACAGGGACCACCUUUUCCCAGCUGCAGAAUAGCAUUGCCAAAGAAUUUAGUGUUCCUCCAGACCUGCAGUGCAUCCGCUAUGGUUUCCCUCCCAAGGAGCUCUCCCCCCCAAAAGAGGGGAUGGAGAAUGAGCCUGUGCCGCUGCAGCAUGGUGACAGGGUGACACUGGAGACUCUAAAGGACCCCAGGCAGGAAGAGGAGGAGGAGGCAGCAGCCCACAAAGCUUCCACAUCCACAUCCUUGUCUACAUCUUUACACCAUUCUGUCAGGAGUGAGGAGCCAGCAACUUCCAGCAGAAUGACUUCUAGAGAACUCCAGGACCACAUUGACCUGGAGAUGUCUUCACUCUGCCUUCUAGCAACCUUAAUGGGAGAAGAUGUCUGGUCUUAUGCAAAAAAGCUGCCUCAAUUGUUUCAGUGUGGUGGAGUGUUUUACAACAUUAUGAAGAAAGAAAUGGGUCUUGUGGAUGGUAAGCAUUGUACUUUACCCCAUAUCCCUGGUAAGACCUUUGUGUUCAAUGCAGCGGAAGAUCGGUUAGAAUUGUGCGUGGAUGCUGCAGGACAUUUUCCAGUAGGUCCUGAUGUUGAAGACCUGGUGAAAGAGGCCUUAAAUCAGCUCCAGUCAGAGGUUGCCUCAAGAAGCAGAGAGGGUAGUCCCUCGCAUGGCGUGCUUAAACUAGGGAGUGGAGGCGUGGUGAGGAAGAAAUCUGAACAGUCGCACAAUGUGAUGGCUUUCCAGGGAAAAGGUCAUUCUCUAGGAACUGCGUCUGGCAGCUCUCCUCCUGACCAGAAGUCGAGAGAAAAGCAAAUCUCUAGAAAGCACAGCAGUGGGGUAGAUUUGAGCAGUAGUAUUUCUAAGCAAGGGGCUUCCCUAACUAAAAUUUCUGAUGACGCCAAAGAGCUUAUCCGUAUGGCUCCUGGGUUUGUAACUGUGAAAGAUGGAAGGAACCUGGACCCAAACGUGAUUGAGGCCCAGCGGAAAAAGCUGCAGGAAAUGGUUUCUUCCAUUCAGGCCUCAAUGGAUAAACAUUUGCAGGAGGAAAACAUAGGUGAUUCCUUACUUGCCGACCCUGCUCCAAGGAAUGCGGAUGCUGGAGACUCAGCAAGUAGAACAGAAAGUGCCCCUGCGAGUGUGACAGAGUCUGUUCCAGAGACUGGUGGCCCAGAACUUUCAGACAUGGAAGUGGCUGCUAUUGGCAUAGCAAAUCUUGUGAAAAUGACACUUCCCUCUGCUUCAGCUAAUAGGGCCCAGGAAAGAAGUGCUGUCAGUGAGGAACUGGAAGAAAUGGAUAGCCAGGACACAGAGCUGACAGGUGCUACUGAGCCAAUGGAUCACUCUUGAUUGACAAACCGUUAUGGUGCAGGAAGAGAAAUCGUACAGAGUAUGAUACUUACAAAGACUAGGCUGCAUUAAGAAGGCUUGUCGUAGUAAGUUUAUCAGGUUGUAUUAAAAUAUAUGGAUUCCUUAUUGUAUCUCUCUUUACUGCAGGGCAGCAAGUAUAAGAUUGGUAGUGCAUAAGCUUCUGCCUUACUGCUACCCAGGCUGAUUCUGAAAUUCCUGGAAAUAGGACAUACAGCUAUGGCCAAAAGUUUUGCAUCCCCUAGAAUUUUAGGAAUGAGACAUCAUUGAAAAGAAAAAAAAAAAAAAAGAAAACUAUAUUAACAUAAUUUAGAUUUUUUAUUUACAUCAUGUGAUCCAAGAAAAAAAUGAUAUUGCAAAAGUCUACCGGAAGCCAUCAUUUCGAUUUGUCAGUUUUUCAUUAAGUAUAUGGAAAGCUACAAAGCGGUUUGUAAUUCAUUAUGUUAACGUAACGUUAUUCAGCAGGUUUCAUUCGACUUUGUAGCAAAAUUGGUUAAUUCUAUAGGGCGAUGCAAAACUUUUGGCCACAGCUGGACACUGUGAAAAACCUCUUCUAUGGGUGGGGUUCAUGAUCUGGAACUCAGGUAUCUGAGUCUUAAUUCUUUAAAAAUACUCUUAAGAGUUGGGUAGUAGGGCCACAUAUUGGGUGGUAUAGUUCGACUAAAAGAGGAACUGCUUGUUAAAGACUUUUGGGGAGUUUAAAGUUGCAAAAAGCAAAGCCUGGAACCGAUAAACAUUCAGGUGUGUAGAGAUAACCUCCACUGCAUUUAGUAAACAUUUAAAAUGACUGAAAAAAGUCAGCUUUUUUUUCAUAAACCGUGCUAUAAACAGCACAUAACUUAGCUUUUAAAGAAACCAUAUUAUUUUAAACCAUAUACACGCAUGGCUUGUAUAUACAUAUAAAUAGUUGUUGCUGUUUUGUGCUUUGUGUAAAGACAUUACCACUGAAGAAAACACAUAACACGGAAACAAGAACAUAAAUCUUUUUCUACACACUGCAUUAGGGAAGAAGUAGUAGAGGACCACAGUUACUUUUAGUAUCUUUAAGUAGAAAUCCUUGUUUAAAUAUGCAUUCGCAUUUGAAACGAUUAAAAAAGUGCUUGCUUUAGAUAUGUGCAAAAUGACCUUAAUGCAGAUUGCUGGUCAGUAGUCUUACUGGGGGCAACAGUAGAAGGUAAAUAGCAGAAUGUCUUAUAGUCCUAUCUUGAAAAACGUAUAACAAGCUGAAGUUUGAUCAUUUUACAUAGACUUGUUUACAUUUCAGUACCAGUGUUGUUCAUUGAGAAUUGAAGGAGACCCAGUUCUUAUUUAUAUAUUGCUGUGGAAAGAAUAUUGAUUUUGCCAACACCUUCCUCACUUUCUUAAGACUUAAUAAAAAUCAGCGGCGCAGUUAAGAUUUAAAACUGUUGUUUCCAACAGGAUUAAACACAAGAGGCCACUAAUCUGCGAGAAAACACAGAAUUUCCCAUUCCUGUUUUUAGGGGACAAGUUUGCAAAUUGUAGCGAGGUUAUACGUGGUCAUUGAUUACAGUCUCUUAUUACUUAAAGGAAAUCCGGGAUGAAAAUCAGCUGCAAUAUCAGACUGUUCCACGUGAAACAUCUGUAAGUUGCACGGUCUUCACAACCAGGCACCUACUAUAAGCUCUCUAUCAAAGACUCUCAGCUCCUGCUGUCUUGCCCAUUGAGAUUGAAUUUAAAGAGUAGAUUUCUUUUGCAUAACAAAUUAAAUCUGACCUGUGAGCAACAGCCUGCACGUAGUCGAUCCAUACUGCAGUUUAUUUUUUUUAUUUUUUUGGUCCAGUUUCUGCACUGGGUAAUGAGAAAGAAACCCAAUAAGUUCUUAACUAUUAUUAUGCUGGCUGAGAGCAAGAACAUUGUAACUAACAAAAUGUAUAGUUUUGAAAAAUCUAGGUUUUAAUAUUCAUGAUGCUCAAGCAAUCCAAUCAAAAUGCAAAACAAUUUGAAAGUCAGCAAUUCGUACUUUCUAAUUGAUUUCCACUGACUUAUUGUAAUCUUGGUGCAAAAUUAUUGUUUUUUUUGCUGUCAUUUAACUGUCAGGCUUUAGCUAUGCUUUGAAUUAAAUUCACCCUGCAAAUGAACAAUAAAACUAGUUUAGUCUUAAGGGGAUUUUGUCAUGCACUUUUUAUUUUACAUUCAGUGUUCUUCCAGAGACUGAAAAAAUGCAUUUUUCUCUAAACACGUUAAGCACUUAACACAGGAAAGUUUUACAGUAUAUGUUUAUUAGACAGUAGCUCAGGUUUACAAACUAAAUGAAAUUGAGGUGUCAUGAAGGCUAAAAUACUUCUCUGAUAAAGACACACAUAUUUUUUUUCUAAACUUUUAAAUGGUUGCCAGGGUUUAUAAUUGAAAAUAGUACUCUAACACCUUGAAUGCAAAGCGAUCAAGAAAGGAGGACUAUUCUGAAAUGUGUGUGUGUAUAUAUAUAUAUAUAUAUACACACACACACACAUAUUUCAGAAUAUAAUAUAUAUAUAUAUAUAUUGUGUAGAACCUGGCAGAACAUUUCAUGAUGUUAUCAUAUGCUACGCAUUUUACUUUUAAAGAUUUUUUUAGUAGAUUUUUUUUUUUUUUUUUGCCUUAAGAUGUUGUCAGUUGUAUUUAAAUACCCUAUGGAUAUAAACCACUAAAUUAAUGUACCACACGUGAUGCACUUAGUACCGUAUUUGAAAAAAAAAAAAGUGUUUAAAAAUGUAGUGUUAAUUUUACUGUAACUUAUAGUUUACUUAAAGAACACAUAAGGCAAAGCUGCCAACAAUCACAUAAAUGUAAAAUGGGACCCUCUUAAAAUCAGACUUGUUUGUUUUAAAACGCAGUGCUUCUAAAUAUAGCACUUCUAAAUCUUCAAGGAUAGCUGCCAAUAUGAAUAUCAUAAUGGCCUCAAUUAGCAUGAAAAUGUUUGUUAGCAUUGAGCAGACUUUACAACAUGCUUAAUGUAAACCACUCCAAUAUCUGUGCCAUUGCCUUUACAUAUAAUGUAGAAACUCUUAUUGGCAAUCUAACAGUUACAAUCCGAAUGUAAACACUGUAUGAAAGUUGUGCAUAUGAUCUUUACAACAUGGAAUUCCCUCUGAACAUUUAGGAUGGAUGCUAAGCAAUAAUUGAAAAGCUGCAGAGAAUUAAAAUUAUUGAUUAAUUAAAUUACAUUUGAUGUUUAUUGUUUGGGGGUUUUGUCCAAAAGAUACAGUGAUUUGGGAGCAUUUCUGUCUAAGAGAGGGAGUGCUGUUAGAUUAUGUAUACAUAGGCUGUGAUGGUGUGUAUAUAGUUCAGUUCUAGAAUGUAGUAUAUUAUUGUCAGUUCAAGAAGUAAAAAAUGAUGGUAGUAUACUUGCCUAGUUGGUAAUAUACAACACUAGCUAUUUUCAGCAAACUGAAGUUGGUUAGCUUUGUGGCUGCUGUACUAAUUAUAUGUAAUGUAAAACCAGUGUAUUAUAAUAGUAUAUAUUGUACUAUACUUUGAUUUGUACAGAAAUUGAAGUUGUUGUGAUUUUUUUUCUUCCUUUGUUUGCUAAUAAAAUGUUUGAAGUUACCAAGGCA